GAUUAUUAAAAUAAUUAAGUGAAAAUGGUAGUUAAUAAAUCAGUACAGUCAAAUGCCGAAGGCGAUAAUCUACGUAAAUUAUUUUUGGGUGGCUUAUCACCAAAUUCUACGGAAGAUACUUUACGAAUGUUCUAUCAACAAUUUGGUGAAGUAAUUGAUGUUACAGUAAGACGUGAUCCAACUACCGGACGUUCCCGGGGUUUUGGUUUUGUUACGUUUGUUGAUGCCACCUGCGUUGACAAGGCACAGGCAGCCAGGCCACAUGUAGUUGAUGGAAAGACGGUGGAUUCCAAACGUGUUAUUAUUGAAACUGAUCAAAAAACAAAAGGGACGGGACGGAAAAUCUUCGUAGGCGGCCUUAAAGCAAUACAUGAUGAAGAUUCUCUUAGACAACAUUUUCAGCAAUUUGGAAAGAUUUUGGGCGUUAAAGUGCUCAUUGACCGCAACACCGGUCGAAAUCGUGGAUUUGCCUAUGUGGAAUUUGAAGAUUAUGAUUCGGCAGAUAAGGCCGUAGCACAUCAAAAUCACGUUAUUAAAUAUCUAAAGGUAGAUGUCAAGAAAUCCAAUUACAAACCGGAUCCAUCAAAAUAUCAGAAUCCAAAUGGUUACGGUGGAUAUGCGGGUGCCCAGCCCGCCGCCUAUCCUCCACCUGCCUAUGCUGCACCAUAUGGCUAUCCACCGCCAGCAUAUGGUGCCCCAGCAUGGGGUGCACCACCGCCACCUGGAGCUCCGGGUGCAUAUCCGCCACCACAACCAGCAGCCGGUGCUCCAGCUGGAUAUCCCCAGCAACCACCACCGGCGUAUGGUGCUCCUCCAGCCUGGAACGGUUGGGGUUAUGGAGCACCACCAGCCGCAGCAGCACCUCCUCAACCAGCACAACCACCCGUCAAUGGAUGGAAUAAUGCUGCUGCUGCUCCUCCGCCAGCAAAUCAACCAUUUGGAAACUAUCAACAAUCAUAUAAUGGUGGCCCCGAAAAAGGUGGUCGAUUACAGAACAAUCGUAUGGCACCGUAUAAAUCUUAA